AUGCAGCUGCUGUGGGAGAUGCCCCUCUUGCUGCUCAGCCUCCCUGUUGUGGCGGUGCGGGGGUACCCUGCCCGGCGACUGCUGGACACCGGGAGCCCCGGCACCGAGAGGGACGUCGUGGCUCUUCUUCUCAUCCGGAGACUGGAAGCCCUGAACAUCACAUUGAACCCACUGCCCUCUUACAUGGUCCGUCUGUACCGCACCUACAGCCCCGGGGAGCACAGCCCAGUCUCCCCCCCGGAGCAGCCGCUCCUGCCCGAGGCUGACACCGUCAGGAGUUUGAUGGCGAAAAGUUUUCACCACAACGGCAAUCGCUGGGUCAUCACCUUCGACCUGUCCAUGCUGCUGCCAGACGACAACCUUCAAUUUGCCGAGCUGCGGAUCAGCUUGCCGUCCUUCUCCGAGUCCUGCUCCAUGCUAGACAUCUACCACCAGUCAGAACGCCGCCCACGCCUCUACCUGGGCUCCUUCCCUCCCGACUCCGUCCUGGAAGAUGCCUCCGACUGUGCCGUUUACAACGUCACCAGCAUCCUGGGCGGGUGGGUGGGCCGGAAAGCUUCCGGUGUGAACGCCUCCGGUGCCGAUUCCCGGCAGCCGGAGAGCCCGGUGUGCAGGCGGAGGCGAUCGGACAGCACCGGUGUGGUGAGGGCACUGGAAGAAAGCAAGGCUGCAGCCAACGAGAAAGCAUUGCUGGUCGUGUUCUCCAGAAAACCAGAGAGGGGUCAUUCCAAGAUCUCCUCGCUGCUGAAAGACGCAGAGGAGUCGAAGUACGUGCGGAAGCGACAUCUGGACAUCCCCUUGGGGAAAGAGCCUUGGCAAAAGCGGACCAGGAAGGUGGCACGGAGACCCAAGAGCGCCCGGGCUAUGGGUGGCGACAGAGGUAAACGGCAGUACCGGCACGCUCGACCCACAAACUCCAGCCUGUGCCGCAGGAUCAAGUUUGAGAUCAAAUUCGGUCAGAUCGGCUGGGGCUCCUGGGUCAUCUUCCCAAAGAUCUACAACGCGUUCCGCUGCGAGGGAGAGUGUCCAUCCCCAUCCGGAGAGGCUGCCAAACCCACCAACCACGCUUACAUGCAGAGCCUGUUGAAGUUCCAUCACCCGACUCUGGUGCCAUCACCCUGUUGUGCUCCAACCAAAAUGAACCCAAUGAGCUUGUUGUACAUCGAGAAGGGGGCGGUUGUCCUGAGGCACCACGAGAACAUGGUGGUACGAGAGUGCGGCUGUCAAUGACC